AUGCUGGCUAGACUCGCUGCGAAGCGUCUUCUCGAGAUCCGCCAAGCUUUCCGCCAACCAUCAUCUCAAGCGUCUCGAAGCUUCUCGACAGCCUUGAACUACCACCUGGAUUCUCCUGACAACAAACCGGAUCUUCCAUGGGAGUUUUCUGAGGCUAACAAAUCUAAGGUUAAGGAGAUACUCUCUUACUAUCCAGCAAAUUACAAGCAGUCUGCAGUGAUCCCUCUUCUUGAUCUUGCCCAGCAACAGCAUGGAGGCUGGCUCCCCGUUUCUGCAAUGAAUGCCGUUGCUAAAGUUAUAGAUGUGGCUCCUAUCCGUGUUUAUGAGGUUGCAACUUUUUACUCCAUGUUCAACAGGGCAAAGGUCGGAAAGUACCACCUGUUAGUUUGUGGCACAACACCUUGCAUGAUCCGUGGUUCACGAGAUAUCGAAUCAGCUUUGCUAGACCAUUUGGGAGUGAAACGCGGUGAAGUCACAAAGGAUGGUUUGUUCUCUGUUGGAGAGAUGGAAUGCAUGGGAUGCUGUGUUAAUGCGCCCAUGAUCACUGUUGCAGAUUACUCCAAUGGAUCAGAAGGAUAUACGUAUAACUAUUUCGAAGAUGUUACACCUGAGAAAGUUGUAGAGAUCGUUGAAAAGCUGAGAAAAGGAGAAAAACCACCGCAUGGAACCCAAAACCCGAAGAGGAUCAAGUGCGGACCUGAAGGAGGAAACACGACACUGCUCGGCGAGCCAAAGCCACCACAGUUCCGUGAUCUUGACGCUUGCUAA